GAAACUUGAAGAAUAUUUGGUUCAAUGGCUACUGAAGAGUCUAAAGAAUGGCAUGUAGUAAAGAACUGGAGGAAUGCACAGAAAGAAAAAGAGAGAGAACGUCGUAGAAUACGCGAUAGAUUGAGAAGACAAACAAUGAGCAAUGAGGAGAGGGAAAAACACUUAGCUAGACGUCGAAGAAACUAUCAAUUGAGAAGACAAAAAGUUUUGAACAAUUCUUCAUCUUCAAUUUGUCAAAACUGUGACAGUACUACUAGUGCAGGUAUUCGUGUUAUGAAAUUCACUCUAUUAUUAAUACGUUACUUUAAAAUCCUGGGUUCAUCUCUGGUCGUUGCAGGGUACUCUAAUGAAGACGAAAAUCAAGCAACUGUUCCUGUUUCUGAACUUGGGGUUCAGUUAUCUGAUGUUACAUUUCAUCCUGAAUUAUAUAAAUCACAAGAAGAUGCAUCAAGUACAUUGCACAAAGGAGUUGAAGAAAGGAGUUAUAAAGUACAGAGAAUUCAAAACACUAUGCCAUUAUAUCAGAUAAGACAUCUUGCUAGAUUAUUGAAUUCUUUUUCAAGUAACAAUCAAGAAAUUGGGACUAAGGACAAUGUGAAUACAGAGAGUAAGUUUCUAACACAAACUUUUUUCAUGUCUUUUUUUUUUUUUUUUGAUUCGUUGUCUUUCUAUCGCGCUGAAUUUUAA